UAUCGCGUCGCCGCCGCGGCCGUUUCGUGACAGUCGGUGAAAAAACAGCGGAGCGCCACGGUGCCGGAGCGGAGCGAGCGUAUUGCCAGGUCGUCGGUGAUAUCCCCCUUUCUCGGAAUCGUUCGUGGCGACGAUGAGGAAACUGUACCUGUUGGUCGCGGGAUUGUUCCUGCUGGCGGGAUUCGUCCGGGCCGAGGACGAGGUCGAGGAGAGCACCGUGGAGGAUGAUCUCGGCGCCAGCCGCGAAGCAUCGCGAACAGAUCAUGAGGCGGUACAGAGAGAAGAGGAGGCGAUAAAGAUCGACGGUUUAAAUACUGCCCAGGUGAAGGAAUUGCGGGACAGAGCCGAGAAAUUUGCCUUCCAGACCGAGGUGAAUCGCAUGAUGAAACUUAUCAUCAACUCGCUCUAUCGCAACAAAGAGAUUUAUCUCAGGGAAUUGAUCUCGAACGCGUCCGACGCGCUGGACAAGAUCAGAUUGUUGUCUCUCACUGACAAAAGUGUCCUGGAGACAAACUCUGAACUGGCCAUCAGAAUAAAGGCGGACAAGGACAACAAAGUGUUGCACAUAAUGGAUUCCGGUAUCGGCAUGACGAAGCAAGAGCUGGUGAACAACCUCGGGACCAUCGCCAAGUCCGGCACGGCUGAGUUCCUGGGGAAGAUGCAGGACGUCACCAACUCCCAGGACAUGAGCGACAUGAUCGGCCAGUUCGGCGUCGGCUUUUACUCCUCGUACUUGGUCGCGAAUGUCGUCGUCGUCACCACCAAGCACAACGACGAUAAGCAGUACAUUUGGGAAUCCGACAGCUCCAACUACAGCAUCGUUGAAGAUCCACGGGGCGAUACCCUCAAGAGAGGAACGACCGUGAGCUUACAUCUGAAGGACGAAGCGUCGGACUUCCUAGAGCCGGACACAAUAAAGACCUUGGUGAAGAAAUACUCGCAGUUCAUCAAUUUCCCCAUAUAUAUGUGGAACAGCAAAGUUGUGCAGGUCGACGCGGACGAGGUGGACGAGGACAAGCCGGCGAAGGAGGAGAAAGAUGACACCGAGGACAAGGAGGAGGACGACGAUGACGCUAACGUGGAGGAAGAGACGGAUGAGAAGAAGCCCAAGAAAGUGGACAAGACCGUGUGGGAUUGGGAAUUGUUGAACGACUCCAAGCCGAUUUGGACGUUGAAGCCGAACGAGGUCGAGGACAAGGAGUACGUCGAGUUCUACAAGACGCUCACCAAGGACACUCAGGAGCCCCUGGCGAAGAUACAUUUCAUUGCGGAGGGCGAGGUCACGUUUAAGUCCGUUCUGUUUAUUCCGAAGGUACAGCCGGGCGACAGCUUCAAUCGUUACGGCACCAAUGCCGACAACAUCAAGUUGUACGUCAGGCGAGUCUUCAUCACCGACAAAUUCACCGACAUGAUGCCGAAUUACCUGUCCUUCAUUCGCGGUAUCGUGGACAGCGACGAUUUGCCGCUCAACGUCUCGCGCGAAAAUCUCCAGCAGCACAAGCUGAUCAAGAUCAUCAAGAAGAAGCUCAUCAGGAAGGUGUUGGACAUGAUCAAGAAGAUCCCCAAGGAGGAUUAUCAGCAGUUCUGGAAGGAGUAUAGCACGAACAUCAAACUAGGUAUCAUUGAGGACGCUCAGAAUCGCGCGAGGCUGUCCAAGAUGUUGAAUUUCCACUCGUCGACGCAGAAGGAAAUGACCUCCCUGCCCGAAUACGUGUCCCGCAUGAAGGCCAAUCAGCAGCACAUCUACUACAUCGCCGGUUCGUCCGCGGAGGAGGUGAAGAAGUCGCCGUUCGUCGAACGGCUGGAAAAGAAGGGCUACGAGGUGCUGUACUUGACAGAGGCGGUGGACGAGUACGCGAUAUCGGCGCUGCCGGAGUUCGACGGCAAGAAGUUCCAGAACGUGGCGAAGGAGGGCUUCACGCUGGACGAGGGCGAGCGGGCGAAGGAGCGAAUGGAGCAACUCAAGACGACGUUUGAGCCUCUCGUCAAGUGGCUGACUGACAUCCUGAAGGAUCACAUCAGCAAGGCGCAGGUGUCCGAGCGCCUGACCGACUCGCCUUGUGCCCUGGUCGCCAGCAUGUUCGGCUGGACCGGCAAUAUGGAGCGCUUGGCGAUCUCGAACGCGCACCAGAAGACCGACGAUCCGCAGAGGAGCUACUACUUGAACCAGAAGAAGACUCUGGAGGUCAACCCGAGGCAUCCGCUCAUCAGGGAGCUGCUGCGCAGAGUCGAGGUUGACUCGGCCGAUCAGACGGCCAAGGACAUCGCACUGAUGAUGUUCCGUACGGCGACUUUGCGAUCGGGCUACAUGCUGCGGGAGACCGCUAGCUUCGCGGACAGCGUGGAACAGCUGAUGAGGAAGAGCCUGGGCAUCUCCUUGGACGAGGUGUCCGAGGAGGAGGAAUUGCAGGACGAUGAGUCGGCGAGCAGCGAGAAGGUCUCGGAGAUCGACGCCGAGGAUGAGAAGAAGGAAGACGAAGAUGAGGAGAAACACGACGAGUUGUAAUAUUAGAGAAGUUGUAACAAUACAGCGAUAUUCGAAAGACUUGUUCUAGCGGCGUAGCUAUACAAUGUAUAGUUACCUCACGUUCUCUCAACACGCGACCUCCGUUGUCGCGAGUUUGUAAACAAUUUAGGUAUGUACAACUCGCUAAGUACGUUACUUCGGUCUGAUAUUGUGGAAUUUUUCGUAAUUGUCUGUCGAUGUUGUUCAAAGCGAAGAUGAAACGCAACAUCUCUCUAACUGUCUAAAUUCUUUUUCUAUACGAAACGCAAUAUUCUCGCCCCGGGCAUCAAAUUAUGUCUGUCGCCGGUCCCAGUUGAAUUGUAAAAUUCGAAAAGAUUUAAGUAAUUUAUUGCAUUUUCAUUUUGCUCUUCCAUAUCUUUUUAGUAACGUCAAGAGAGUAUUGACUGAACGUUACUGGCGUAUGGUAUGCGUGUGAUGUGUGUGAAUGUAUUUGUACAUGAAAACAUAAAAAUUAUAUUAAAAUGAAGUCUAUCUACUGUA